AUGUCCUCGAACGCGAGUACAUCAGCCACGAUCACGAAGCGCAACGGGCCUCCGCCGACGGCUGGCUCGAAAUGUCGAUGUUGUCCAUACGGACUGCACAUUGAGCUCGGCUUCGUGCCGACGUCGUACACUCCGGAAUUGAGCAGCGGCUUCCAUUCGCGACAAGGAACACCGACGCAGAGUCAACGAAACGGCAAUGAUCGUUCGUUGAUGAGCCCAUUGGAUAGUGUAUUCAGUGAUUCUCUUGAGAACAUAAUGAGCGAUUUUGAAGAAGCUCUAGCUCUUCAUAAAACAGCCGAUGAAGCAAUGCAGAAAAACAAAAGAGAAAAGGAUAUUCAUGAGAUCAAGAAUCGAUUUCAAAACGGAUAUUCUUCCGAUUAUACUACUUAUCGAAGGGGGAACAACACUCUGGAGAAGAAGCUCAGUUUCGAUCUAGCUGUUCCUCCUCCACCACCUCCACCAAAACCCUCUCGUCCCACCAAUUUGAUGUACACCAAUGGAAGUCGCAGUAACACGCCAAUUCUCUUUAACAAUGGUCGCUUGAACAACCACAACAUUAACAAUAAUACAUCAAGCCAUUCUAAUGGAUAUUCGACCGCAUUGGCGAAGACUGUUUCAGAGAUACGAGCCCGAAACGCUGAAAGCCCUUUUCCGGAGGUUGGCUCUCGCGUUGGAACCCCUAUAGAUUUAGGAAUAUCGUUGCGAGAGCUUUCGACGCCAACAUUCCGCGGUGAUACGUUCUCGUCGAGACCAAACGGCGGCAAUGUGACCCCGACACUGCGAUCAGGAAGUCAAGCAUCGACAUUUCGUCGAGUUCCAAGUCAAGGUGACAUCACUCCGUCAAAAAUCAACGGAUAUUCGUCAGAAUUUGCGAGUCUUCGUCGUGGACGCGAAUAUUCACUGAAUGACAGUUCUGAAGCAUCCUCCUCACGAUCUCGUUUUUUCUCUGCAUCUCCGAAACUGCCCAGACGUCUCCAAGUAGCUCCACAAGUAAUCGACGAAUCUCAUUUCACGUAUUCGCAUCAAUCGAAUGGUUCUACAGUACUCUCUCGCACCCAAGCAACAUGCACAUCUCCUUUGCCAGUUGAGCAGAAACAGACACGAACUGUCGCUGUUACCACGGGACCAUUACCUCCUGCGAAGCCUUGUGGAGAAUGUCCGAACCUGAAAAAAGAAUUAGCAUUAGCAAUCGAAAGAAUUCCACCUGCUCGUGGCGAACCUGUUCACAUCUCAACUAAUACUGACGAAAAAAGAUUUGAUGAGAAAUCAGUCGGAGAAACAAUCGAAAUCCAGCACGUGGGCACAGAAACAGAAGCUGCGAGUACAAGCGAUAUCGCAACCCAAUCCGAUAAACUUCAAAUACUUCAUAUUGACACCCAGACAAACGAAGUCGAGACUCGUGAUAUGGCAUGCAGUCCAAUUAUAUUCGACAAAGUGGCGCCGCCGAAAAAUCUUGUUUGUAGUUCGUCGCAAACAACUUCAGAACCAGCUCCUCCAGCUCCCUCCUUAUCUGCUCCUGCUCUCGCAAAAGACGCCGAGUGCGCAGAAUGCCUUAAAAGAAUGGAGGUUUUCACGAGAAACGUCGGAGUUGGCGCGUGCUCGGUACAGGACAAGAUUUGUGUUUCCUGCGAUCCGAACGUGGAGGAAACUGAUGAAAAUGAGGCGCCAGGCUUCAAAACAGAACCCGAUGAUCAGAAGCAACGGGAUUUCGAGAUUGCGAAGACGAAUGCAGUGAAGAAAUUAUUGACGAAUGAACAAAAAUCGCCUUUUCAAAGAGGAACAGCAGUUUCGAAGAGUGCCAGAUUUGAUAGAAAGAAAUCAGUCGAUGAUCUCGAUUACAUAAUUGACAAGAAGGUCAUGUCAACGUCUGCUUCCAACUCGACUGUUCCUGAAAAUUCUGAAGCCCUCACUUCUAAAGUGAUUCUAAAGAAAGAAUAUGUCGUGCCUCCAUCAAAGGUCCCUGAGCCGGUGCCAGCAAGAAUUCCACGACCGAAAAUCAGUAAAUGGGCGACACCAGAAGAAUGUGCUGAGACUCCCGAUGAAGAAGAAGAAGCGCAGGAUCGUCUCACCCCGCUUAGAAGUGAGCUCAGAGUAUUGGGAAAUAGUGACUACGACGCCGAAUCCGAUUGUUCCGAUCAUUCAGAUGGCACAUUUGAGGUCACAGAUGAUGUUUUUGAUGCAGCUCCAUUUGAUGUUUCUGAUGAACUUCGUAAAGCUUUGGAAAACUUCAAUUCCAAUAUUUUGGAGCCAGGAAGCGUGCCAAUGGAGACUGUUGACAUAUCUAAUAAGCUUGUUCAACAUGAAUGGAUGAAGACUGCCGCGAGAAAAUCAUCUCGCUAUGAGCAUGUUGAUCGAUUCAUCGCUGAAUUGCGCAAUUAUGGCCCCAAAAUGGUCGGAACUGUUGUGAAUAUUAGCGAUCAAAAUGGAAAUACUGCAUUGCACUACGCAGUUUCACACGCCAAUUUUCCAGUUGUCUCGUCGAUUUUGGAUUGCGAAGAAUGCGAUUUGAAUACUCCGAAUAAGGCAGGAUAUACAGCUGUGAUGUUGGCGGCACUAAGCGCUCUUGAAGAUGAUCUCGAAAAAGCUGUUGUUCAGAGACUUUUCGAAAUGGGCGAUGUUAAUGCAAAAGCGACCCAACAUGGCCAAACCGCGUUGAUGUUGGCGGUCUCGCACGGAAAACGCGCCACUACUGAACUUCUAAUCACGUGUGGAGCGAAUGUGAAUAUUCAAGACGAAGAGGGCUCGACUGCAUUGAUGUGUGCUGCUGAGCAUGGCCAUCGCGAUCUCGUCAAGAUUCUUUUGUCGCAACCCAACAUUGACGCUUCUUUGACUGAUUGUGAUAGCUCAACAGCUCUUUCGAUUGCCGUUGAGAAUGGCCAUCGCGACAUCGGCGUUUUGAUCUACGCCCACUUGAAUUAUGCGAAAUUGGACGCCGGUCAACCCACCUCAACCAUCUAA